UUGCUCUCUACUUCAGGGGCAGAGACUGAACGGCAUUGUGGGGCGGAGGCGGGAUUGUAGCGGUUUCCGGAUCCCCUGGACAGUCCUGGGAAAAGUGUGAAUAUAAGUGAGAAGAAGAGAAGUCUGUCUUUUGUAUUUUGUCAAAAGUUUACACCGAGUUGCUGCAGGCAUGUCACAAUCUGGAGAAAAAGGAAAGUUCCCCGAAGCAGCCGGGUAUGUGGGUUUUGCUAACCUCCCUAACCAGGUACAUAGGAAGUCUGUGAAGAAAGGCUUUGAGUUUACACUGAUGGUAGUAGGAGAGUCUGGACUGGGUAAAUCCACCCUCAUCAACAGCCUGUUUCUCACCGACCUCUAUCCAGAACGCUACAUACCUGGAGCAGCAGAGAAGAUUGAGCGGACUGUGCAGAUUGAGGCCUCGACGGUGGAGAUUGAGGAGAGAGGGGUGAAGCUCCGCCUUACCGUUGUGGACACUCCUGGAUAUGGAGAUGCCAUCAACAGUCAAGACUGUUUUAAGACCAUCAUCCAGUACAUUGACAAUCAGUUUGAACGCUACCUGCAUGAUGAGAGUGGCCUAAAUCGCAGACACAUUGUGGACAACAGAGUUCACUGCUGCUUCUAUUUCAUUUCUCCAUUUGGACACGGACUGAAGCCACUUGAUGUUGAAUUCAUGAAAGCCAUCCACAGCAAAGUGAACAUUGUUCCUGUCAUAGCAAAAGCUGACACUCUGACACUCCGAGAGAGGGACCGCUUGAAGCGAAGGAUCCUGGAUGAGAUUAAUGAGCAUGGCAUUCGGAUCUACCAGCUCCCUGAUGCAGACUCUGAUGAAGACGAGGAGUUUAAAGAGCAGACCCGUGUCCUAAAGGCCAGCAUACCUUUUGCUGUGAUUGGCUCUAACCAGCUGAUUGAGGUGAAGGGGAAAAAGAUUCGAGGUCGUUUGUACCCUUGGGGUGUGGUGGAAGUGGAAAACCCUGAACACAAUGAUUUCCUCAAACUGCGCACCAUGCUGGUGACUCAUAUGCAGGACCUACAGGAAGUGACUCAGGAUCUACACUAUGAGAACUUCCGCUCAGAGAGACUGAAAAGAGUUGGCAGGUCAGUGGAUGAUGAGGUGCUAGACAAAGAUCAGAUCCUAAUGGAAAAGGAGGCUGAGCUAAGACGCAUGCAGCAGAUGAUUGCUCAAAUGCAGGCUCAAAUGAAAAUGAAACCUGGAGAUGACUAAAAAAAAUAAUGUAUUGUAUGUGUUUGUUAUAAGAGCAAUAGAAAGCCCGGGCCAUCUACUUCAUUACUGGCUUUAUAAUUUUAAACCCAGUAUCUCCCAUCAUUCUGGGCACUUCAAAACUUUUAUACGGUUUACUUUUCUUUUAUCAUAAGCUUUUUUCUGUAACAAAUAGAAUUAAUUUUGUGCAUCACUCCAUGUGCUCAACUUUAUUUACACAGACCUGAUGUGACCGAUCAUUAACUUUAUUAAUUACCCAUAUAUAGAACCUAAUUGAUAUGCCACCACAGAUGCAGUCUUACAUUGCAAAUAAUUUAUCAUGGAUGAUAAAUAAAUUAGUUUAUUUUUAAAACUGUAAAGUGCUUCAGGUUUAGCAGUUUGUCUCGUUCUCUCUCUCUUUCUGUCAUGUCCACUGUUAGGAAGAAGCAACUCUCACUGUACCAGUCUCUUCUCACAUUUUUCAUGCUUAUCUAUGCCCCACUUGUUGUUCAUGGACAGAGGGUAAUGGCAAUAGAGAAAAUGGUACUAGAAUUUCUCCUCACUCUCUGUUGGACACACACACUAACCAUACAGGAAUUUAUUCACAACAAGUGCCAUAUGAUGUCAGCAGUUUUUCUAAUUAUUAAUUUCUAAGUGCCUUAGAGUCUGUGCCUUGGUGAAUUAUCAGUUGUAGAGAGAAUACCAUGACCUAUUAGUGUUUCAGUGUUCGUGCUUCAUCAUUAUAUAUCCACUAGGGGGCAGCAGCCAACAGGAAAAACUAGAGCACUAUUUUAUUAACCAGGACAAUACUGUCUUCCACACCGCUGAUCCCACCCCCAAUUUGUCCUGGACUUAAAAGUUUAGUGCAGUUAUUUUAUCCAGUAUGGACAUUGCUUAUUUUUCUCCAAUUAUUAAUUAAAUUCAGAAACAAAUAGUAUAGUAAAAAAAAACUUUGUAUAGUCUAGUGUUCAUCUUUUAUGUGCCAAAUUUAAACAUAAAUUCUGUGCUUGAAUAAAUCCAUAAAUUAGCUCAUGCAUGCAUACAUGGAUAACAAGUGUGUAUAGAAAAAAGGGCAUGAUUAUUAACAGAUGUUAACCGUUAUUUCAGCUCACCUGCAUCACAGUUAAUUAUGAACUGAGGAAGUGAUAAAUUCUGAUUUUUAAUUAUGAAUUAUGAAUACAGCAUAUUGGAAUAUUAAUAUAAAUAUAUUAGUCUAAAUGAUUAAACAUAUUACCAUUUUGGUUUUAUAGAUGACCAAACACUUCAGUGAGUGGAAAAGUUGUGUAUUAAACUAAAGUGUUCAAUCUCCUUCGUAACUUAAGUCUCUCCUCCUAUCUUAAAUAUUUUCUGUUGUGUAUUCUGAGGUGUGGGUUGUUGUUUUUUUCCUAAAUAAAGGGUCCUUCCUUUUAUGUCACUGUACUCAUUAGUUUUUAUAUAAACAAUAUGUUGAUGUUUUGUGAAUGUUGUGACCCAGGCUUAAUUACUCAUUCGACUGUCAUCUCCUGUUUACAGAUUAAUAUUUGUUCAAAGAUCUUUUUGUCCACGGUACUGUUCACUACCUUGUAAAAUGAUGAUUUUCUUUUUUUGUCUCCCUUUGAGCAAUAAAUGUUCAGAGCAAUAAAAGUUUUCAAAUAUG